CACUGGGAAUUUUUUCAUUCAACCAUCCGUCGCGGUCGCAUUUCGAAGGAAACAUUUUUCGUGUCCGUCGUCGAGUCAGCAGCAGAACUGGGUACGCUCCGCCACCGUCAUAAUUUGUGGACCUUGUGCUAGUUGUCUUUGCGGAAAUUGUGUGUGGCUAAAGUGUUGCAGGCAAAAUACGGCUCGCCGUGCAUGACGUGGCAUAAAUCCGACGGAAAACGGUGCCCUGGGUGUUGGAAAUUACGGAAUUUUCGUUUCGAGGCUGCUGAUGGUUGCUGCUGCCGUGUUCCGUAAAAGUGAAGGAGUAAGCGAGAGAGGGCGUCAGUGAAAAAGGUUCAUUUUUUUUUCUUCAUGAAUUGCUGGUUAAGUGAAACCCUGAAAGCAGCAGCAUCGGAAGUCGUGAAAAAAAGGAAUGAGUGUAAAGUAAAGGAAGAAGAAUCGAAGGUUGCUGGAAGUGUAAAAAGAAUAUAGUAGGACAGUCUUUGCUGUCCCUGUUGGUUACGAAUACAACUAUUGUAGUAGAAAGGAUUAAACCUGAAAUCGCGAAUCCGGAUUAGUUGCACGUGUCUAGUGUUGGAUCAACUUAACAUCAGCUAGUUAUUCAUUAAAAUUCUGCCACAGUCCUAAAUCAGUGAAUCAUUUUUGUGUUCUCACUCCGAACUGGAUUGGUACUUUCGUUGCAAAAAAGUGAAUUGGAACCACUGGAGUGUAACGAACUCACAGUUCGAAUCACCAAACAAACGUCCAACGGAAUCGUGAAGAGGCAACGGACGAAAGAUGAAUGCCUCCGAUCAUGGAUUCAAUCCAGCAUUUAAUAUGGCCACCAUAAGACAGGCGAUAAACGAAACAAUAGAACGAGACCUUGGUGUUCUUCUCAAAACAGUUCGCAUACCGACGCCUACCCGGCUGCGAGAUCUGAUCCGACAGAUUCGGGCCGCCCGGACGGCCGCCGAGGAGCGAGCAGUGGUGAAUCGAGAGUGCGCCUACAUCCGCAGUACAUUCCGCGAGGAGGAUUCGGUGUGGCGAUGUCGUAAUAUCGCCAAACUAUUGUACAUCCACAUGCUCGGUUAUCCGGCUCAUUUUGGCCAGCUGGAAUGCCUGAAGCUAACCGCCAGCCCUCGUUUCACAGACAAGCGGAUCGGUUAUCUGGGAGCGAUGCUGCUGCUGGACGAACGACAGGAUGUGCAUUUGCUGAUUACCAAUUGUUUGAAAAAUGACCUCAACAGUCCAACCCAGUUCGUCGUGGGUCUAGCACUUUGCACGCUUGGCGCAAUUGCUUCCCCCGAAAUGGCUCGCGACUUGGCCGGUGAGGUGGAGAAGCUGAUGCGUUCGCCCAAUGCAUAUAUUAGGAAAAAAGCGGCACUUUGUGCAUUUCGAAUCAUCAAACGGGUACCGGAGCUGAUGGAAAUUUUUCUACCCGCAACCCGGUCGUUGCUGAACGAGAAAAAUCACGGUAUUCUAAUCGCCGGCGUUACCCUCAUAACGGAGAUGUGCGAAAAAAGCCAGGACACGCUGACUCACUUUAAGAAGAUCGUUCCCAAUCUGGUGCGAAUCCUGAAGAACCUCAUACUGGCCGGAUAUUCGCCCGAGCAUGACGUCAGCGGAGUGAGUGACCCCUUUCUGCAGGUAAAAAUACUUCGACUGCUGAGAAUACUGGGCCACAACGAUCCGGAUGCAUCCGAAGCGAUGAACGACAUCCUGGCGCAGGUAGCCACCAACACGGAAACUAGCAAAAAUGUCGGCAAUACGAUUUUGUACGAAACCGUGCUAUCGAUUAUGGACAUCAAAUCGGAAGGUGGCCUACGCGUGCUGGCAGUUAACAUCCUCGGUCGGUUCCUGCUGAACAGCGACAAAAACAUUCGCUACGUUGCGCUGAACACACUGCUCCGCACGGUGCACGCCGACAUUUCCGCCGUCCAGCGACACCGCAGCACGAUUCUCGAGUGUCUCAAGGAUCCGGAUGUAUCGAUACGGCGCCGAGCGAUGGAACUGUCCUUCGCACUGAUCAACUCGCAGAACAUUCGUGCGAUGUCCAAGGAGUUGCUCAUCUUCCUCGAGAAGGCGGACGCCGAGUUCAAGGCGCAAUGCAGCAGCCGGAUGGUACACGUGGCCGAACGGUAUGCUUCGUCGAUCCGUUGGCGGUUAGACACGCUGCUGAGUGUGCUGAUUGCGGCCGGAAAUUACGUCCGAGACGAUGUCACUUCUUCCACGAUCCAGUUAAUCCUCAACAGUCCACCGGAGGAACAAGCGUACAUAGGUCUUCGCUUGUGGGAUUCUCUUCACAACAUUACCAAUUCGUUCGAAGACAAGCAGCCGUUGCUGCAGGUGGCCGUUUGGACGAUUGGUGAAUACGGAGAUCUGCUGUUGAGCAGUGAACGUUUGGAAGAUGUUGAAAUUCCUGCAGAGGGUGACCUGGUGGAUCUGUAUCAGAAGCUGCUGUGGUCUACCUCGGUCUCGACGACUAGCAAACAGUACGCGCUCGUAUCGUUGGCCAAGCUGAGCACCAGAAUUAAAACCAGCGAGGAAGAGAUAAAAGCGAAACAGAUCAUCGAAGCAUUCGGUACCCAUCUAAAUAUCGAUUUGCAACAGCGUGGUGUAGAAUUUUCUCAGCUCUUCCGCGACUACAGCCAUCUGCGUCCGGCAUUGCUGGAGAAAAUGCCGAAGAUUCAGAAGUCACUUUCCAACGGUAACGAUAACGGUGGCAUUUACGACGAGCACUCCAACAGUAUCGAUCUGAUUGAAAGUGGUGGCGACGAAGUGGAACUUAGCGGGUUCGUGUCCCCAAGUGCUGCCACAAAGAUCGGAUCAGAUUCCAAUGCCCUCCUAGAUUUGCUUGGAGGUAGUGACGACCCGGUCGACGGAAUUGGUCUGAUUCCGUCUACCAAUUCCAUAAUUUCGUCCACUGUUAAUGGGAAAGUUCCGACAACCAGUGCUUCCAAUAAUCAGGAUCUGCUCGAUCUGCUCGGUGGACUGGACAUUCCCGUCAGUACACCACCAGCGGCUGUUGCCCCACUCGGCAGUGUCGGUUUGGAUCUAAACAGUUUGAAUGACAAUAGUAUUAAGUCAACGAGUACGGUACCGACGAUUCCAUUGGUUUCCGGCUCUUCCUCCUUCGGAGGGCUAGAUAAUCUACUGAAUUCCAACCUGACAUCGCCGACGGCGGCACCGACAGUAACGAUGCCAACUACGGGCGGUGUGUCGUCUCCGCUAGGUAACAGUACUGGCCUCUUCGGUGAUUUCUCGUCGAUCAAUAAUAAUGAGGAGAACUCCAAAACUCUGACAGCUUUAGAUAAGGAUGGUCUACUAGUUCAGUUGCUAUCCAAGCAGAGUGGUGGUUGCUUACAGAUCAUAAUGACCGCUGUGAAUAAUUCGUUAACCACUCUAGAACAAUAUCUAUUCCAGGCUGCCGUUCCUCGAAGUUUCUCGCUGCAGAUGCUUUCGCCCUCUGGUUCUACACUACCUCCCGGUGGCACCAUCACGCAAGAAAUGCGAGUAUCGAGCACUGCAAAGGCAACGCUCCGUAUGCGUCUUCGAAUAUCCUAUCAAUGUGACGGCAACCCGGUGCUGGAGCAAACGGAAGUGUCCGGUUUUCCCGAGGAACCGACACCGCUCGAAUGAGGUCCGAAUUGGAACGUAAACAUUACGGUUAAGUUUUAAUUUGCCACCUAGCAAGCACGCCGGGCCGGGCUGGGUUGGGCCAUGCGAGUAAAAUCGGCUGUUUUUUCUCUGUCAUUGAUUUUGAACGUUUUUGUAGGGUUAUCAGAGAUCCUUUUGAAAUUUUUUCGGAACGGAAUUUUUAUACUACUCUAUUGCGGCGAAAUUUUGCGUGUGACUUCCCUUCUUAAAUAAACCCUACUUGUAGAGCCAAACAUUUGUUUUCGAAAAAUUCAUCUCCCAGUACUAUUAUUAACUAACACCUAACGUUAUAAAAUCUAAACAUAACAUACUACUAAUCUACCGGUAGAGGAGACUAAAGCAAAAGCAUACUGCUAGUGAUUAUUAGGGCGUUUGCUGGAGAAUUUGAGUGAAAAAGAAAACGAAUACGAGUUUGCGCGUAAAAUGUAAAUACACCCCCAACACUACACAGAUGAAGAGCGAUAUUAUAUUAUGAUGAUUGAUUGAAUCGUGUAAGUAACUGAAAAUAUUAAUAGUUUUAGGAUGACGACGGUUGAACUGAGUAACGGAAUGGCAAUUUAGGGGAAAAGCUGGCUCAAAAAAAAAAAAAAAAACAAAACGAAAUAUCGAGUGUAUUGGCUUCGAAUUUUCGGUUUGCACUUUUCAUGCUUUGAAAGUCAUUCAGUUGGUUUUUUGUUUUCUUUCAACAAUAGAAUAAUGCUGAUGAUGAAAGUGUACUGUUUUCCGUCCAAGAAACCCAAAUACGCGUGUGAUGAGUGGCGUUAUAGGUGAAUCGAAGAAAGUUCAUAGAAUUUUCUUUCCGUCUCUGCUGUCUCUAAUAAUUUGUAAUUGCUUUGAAAGCGUGCUUUCGUUACAAAUUAACGUGAUUUGUAUCUACUCUUAAGUUCUCUCGAACAUAAAAGACAAUAUCAUCUGAACAACUCAGCAGCCAUGCUUGUCAUGCUUACCGCUCUCGCCAUUUUUGCUACUGAUUGGAUUCUCUUUUGUUUCGCUGUUUAGCUUUUGUUUUAUGCAAGUGAGCGGUGCUUUUGAUAUAGUUAAUAUGUACGCGGCAGUAUUUUUGUACUACAACGGAAAUUAUUCGAUGAGAAAAACUAGUAACGGAAGUGACAAAUUGACUCUAGUGGACAUAAGUGAGAGAUGCAAAAUGUUAUAAUAAAUUAUAGAGGAUAAUGCUAUCGGUUAUUAAUAUGAGCUAGAGCAUAGCGUAAGUAGAAGGAACUAAACAAGUCUGUAGAAAGUGGAAGGAUACAUAACAGAAACAUAACUUAACAUGGCAAAAUAGAACAGACGGAUCGUGCAUGACACAGAAUACACUCUAAUCGAUAUAGGUUCUGUUCGUAAAACAUCCGUGACACCGUGAGCGUUGCCAGGGUGUAGAUCAGUAAUAAAAACCCCCGAUAACUGUUGUAACUGCUAUAAAUAUAUGUAUAAUACAUGAUCUAUUGUACAU